AAUGAUGGCAAAGUUUUAAAAUAUGACACUGCAUUGCCGUGACGUCAUGGGCCCGUGACGUACUAAGCUUAUGUUACACGGGGCAGUACUGGAGAGUGGUGCAACUCAAGCUUCCUCUUCAUAUAUCAAAACCUUAUUUAGUGCACAAUGUACGGUACUCUAGCCACAUUAUCCUUACAGGCCCUCAAAUCUUUGGGGCCAAGUUUCAAUGGAGUUAACAAUGGUAACUUAACAUUAUCAUUGCUCAAUUCACUGGUCCUAGAGGAACGUCGGUAUAGAGCAGCAACAAAAUAGUGUAUUGUUCAGUUGGUGCUUAAUUUUUUUCAAGCCAAAAGCUUUGUUAUUAGAAUGAGUAAGGAUAGUGUUGAGUACAUCUCGCCACCAUGGAACUUCUCAUGGGUAGUGAAAAAGGAGAUUUGUGCAUCUGCUAGGCCACAAACUGAAGCUAAUGUAGCUUUUCUUAGGAAUGAAGGUGUUGACGUUCUUGUGACUUUGAGUGGAGAGACUAUGCCCCAUCAUACAGCACACGAGUACUUCCAGUGUCAUCUCCUUCAUGUGGAGGAAUUUGAAGAUCCAUCUAUGGAACAAAUAAAUGAAUUUAUUUCCAUAUGUGACAAGGCUCGCGAAGAAAAAAAGAUAGUAUGUGUUCAUUGUAGAAUGGGGCGAGGACGGACAGGGGUGAUGCUUGCAUGCUAUUUAAUGAAAUAUUAUGGACAGGCUCCUGAUGAAGCUACCUGGAACGUGAGGCUUAUGCGUCCAUAUAGCAUUGAGACCUGGGAGCAAGAAAGAGCUGUUAAGAAGUUUAGAGAUUUCCUUGCUUGGGGACAUUUAUAAAACAAAUGUUUGUCAGUUGGGAGAGAAGUUGAAGGAGAUUGGAAAGAGUUAUGCAUGCAGUCUUCUAAGUACAGUGCAGCUAAUGUGUAUAGAUACAGGUGCAAGAAAAUUUAAAGAAAAACAAAGAAAGACUGGUGGGAGGAUAGGUUGGCAGUGCUCAUUAAGGAGAAGCAAAGGGGCAGUGAAGUGCCUGUUUCAAGUGACAUUAGAAAUUAAAGGGAAUGGUAAAAGAAUAGACAGGUGUGUGAGGGAUCCUACCAGCCUAAAGGUAUUUCUCCAGUAUCCUACUUACACAUAAUAAGUGUACACAUUGUUCACUAUAAGAUGUCUCUGGCGUGAUGCACGUGUGAGCAAAGGCUAGAUGUCUGACCCAGCACAUUUAUAUAUAAAUGUUACACCUUACAGGGUAUCAGGUUCUAUCUUGGCACCAACCAAAUCCAAAGUAAUAUAUUGUACUGCACUUAAAAUUUUUGUUUAAUGAGUUCAGCCCUGAGAGAACAGCCACCUGAAAGGGUUCCUUUCAGACAGUAAUUGGGCCUUCACUUAUCUACAGUAUUAGAGGCGAGUGCCUUGGGAGAUUUAUCUCCCUCCUUUUUAAUUGUAUUCCUCAUCCUGUACCUGCCUUUAGGGUGGUGAAGAUUAAUUUAAUUCUACCAUUAUUUAAAAUAUACAUAGUAAGCACAGGUAGUCCUCAAUUUUGGCAAAAAUGCACAUUUACUGUAUUUAAGUUCCAAUUUCAACAAUGAAAUUGUUUACAUAUGUAUGCAAUCAAUUAUUUAUAAAUUUUCCUUAAUUAUGUAUGAGUUUAUAAAGACCCACAAGUACAGUACUUUGGCAAGCACACAUUGUAUCAAGAAACAGUGUAUAAUUAAACAUGAGCCGAGUGAAGGAACAAGUUGACAAACCCCUGGAAGAGGAACAACAUGCACAUUUCUCUCAUUUGUAUUUCAUACAUGUUUGAUUGCAAUUCAUGUACUUUUAUAAAUUUAUAAUUUCAAUAUAUUUAUUUAUUUGUUUUUUUUUAGUCAGACCAAGUACAGUACCCCAAUAUGUCCCAGCCAGGAAUGCAUUCCCCUUAAUUUAGUUGUGUAUAUUGCAAGGGUUUUCAGAAAUGGAACCUUUGUGAUAAAUGAGGACAACCUUUGGUGUAUUACUGUACUGAUGAUUCAGUAAAUUCUUACUGGAAUUUAUCAUUUUAUGUUCUUCAUUCUUUUCCAGAUAAUGUACACUGAUGAAUGGAAUUUGUUGCAUUAGCAUUGUUAAUAAAUUACUACACUGUA